UUUCCGGUUUCCCUUCGACGGUUGCAGGUCACUCCCUCCCCGCUACCAGUGUACUCGCAUAUAAACACAACUCUGGACGGCUCGAAUCAAUACGGAGCUACUCUGCGACUUAACGCGGACCCACUGGCUUCCCCCUUUCGCCAUCUUUGCCAGUUCAAAGUGUUUAGUUUGCGGUUGUUUACAGGAACCGCCGUGUUUACGUCACGCAGAAGAAAAGCGGCGGAAGGAAAUGGCCAGCUGAGUGUUGGAAAAGCCUUCAAACCGACUGCUGGGCCCUGCUUUUUUUGUAAUGAUUGAUAAACGCUUCGACUAUGGCACUGAAGUAUCUAGAUACGAAUCAGCAAAAAACAGGCCAAGGGGAACGAGUUUGUCCUGUUUCAUAGCACAGGUUUUAUAUGACUUCACUGCGGAGCCGGGAAACAAUGAGCUGACGGUGAAAGAGGGUGAAACGGUCACUAUCACCAAUCAGCACAUUGGUGGUGGCUGGAUUGAAGCGCAGAACUCCCGAGGGGAUGUGGGACUGGUGCCUAUAGACUACGUAGAGCUCAACAAAUCGGCCCUCCCGUCGUUCCCCGCGGCAGGAACCGCCGCGCCGGCCGCCGGCGUCGGGAACAUCGUCAAUUCGGAUCUCUCCUUCUUUGACGCCUUUGCCCCCACAUCGACGCAGCAAAACCAGGUGGACACUAGGCGCUUGAGCCCCCAGCCCGACACCCCUGAUACCCCAGUUUCCCCCUACUUUACUUCCCCCGAUGAGGCCAACAGCAAUGGCAACGAUCCCUGGUCUGCGUGGAACGCGGACCCCUCGGCGGGCGCCUCCAACAACUCGGCGUCCAAUCCGGACGGCACCCAGACUGGCAGGGCGGCCGCGGGCGACUCCUGGGGCGUCGCCGCUCAGGGUCACCCUCAGGCCUACCAGGGUCCAGACAUCUACCCCUAUCCUUACCUUAUCGAUUGCACAGGAGCUGAAGACGACGAAUGGGACGACGAGUGGGACGACAAGUCCACCGCCGGUUACGGCGAGGUCGAAUCGGGAGACGGCAACGCCAUGCAGCGAGGCGGCGCUCAUGCGUCAAUGAAACUCAAGUUUCCUGGGUUCUCAAAGUCUGGUCCCGAGUUGUACCUCCUGUGCAAGCAGAUUGCAAAGGGCAAGGACAAGCUACCAAUUUAUAUGGGCGAGGUUGGCCCGGUGUGGCUUUACCCGGAAUCGCAGCUGGACUGUGUGGUGGCCGACCCCAAGAAAGGCUCCAAGAUGUACGGCCUGAAGAGCUACAUCGAGUACCAAAUCACACCCAACACCACGAACCGACCCGUCAAUCACAGAUACAAGCACUUUGACUGGCUGUACGAGAGGCUCCUGGACAAAUUCGGCUCGGCCAUUCCCAUCCCGUCCUUACCGGACAAGCAGGUAACAGGGCGCUUUGAGGAAGAAUUCAUUAAGAUGCGAAUGGAGCGGUUGCAGGGCUGGAUGAGCAGGAUGUGCAGGCACCCAGUCAUUGCCAGCAGUGAAGUAUUUCAGCUGUUCCUCACGUAUAAGGAUGAGAAGGACUGGAAAACUGGCAAGAGAAAAGCAGAAAAGGACGAGACGGUGGGAGUGAUGAUCUUCACCACGAUCGAGCCUGAAGCCGCCGACUUGGAUCCUAUCGAAGUGGAGCAGAAAUGCGAGCAGUUCAACAGGUUCACCAAAGCAAUGGACGACGGGGUGAAGGAAAUCCUCACCGUGGGCCACGAGCACUGGAAGCGCUGCACGGGCCCUCUGCCAAAAGAAUACCAACGAAUCGGUAAAGCCUUCCAGAACCUCUCCUCGGUGUUCACCAGCAGCGGCUACCAAGGUGAGGAAACGCUGACUGACGCCAUGACGGCCGCAGGGAAGACCUAUGAGGAAAUAGCGCAGUUGGUAGCGGAGCAGCCCAAAAAGGACCUCCACUUCCUCAUGGAGACCAACAACGAGUACAAAGGUUUGCUUGGAUGCUUCCCGGACACCAUUGGCGUCCAUAAGGCCGCCAUUGACAAAGUGAAGGAAGGCGACAAGUUGGUGGCCACCAAUAAAAUCACCCCUCAGGAAAAGGUCACCAUGGCGAAACGAGUCAGCACCAUGUCUUACGCGUUACAAGCUGAGAUGAACCACUUCCAUAGCAACCGUAUCUACGACUACAAUCGCGUCAUGCAGCUCUACCUGGAAGAACAAGUCAAGUUUUACGAGACGAUCGCUGCAAAGCUGAGACAGGCUCACAGUCAGUUCACGACAAUGUGAACGGAACUGUCAUGGUACGGCCGAAGAAGUCCACAUCCCAAAUUUUCCCUCGUACUGCCGCUUGCGUCUCUCUCUCUCUCUCUCUCUCUCUCUCUCGCUCUCUCGCUCUCUCUCGCUCGCUCUUUUUUGAUUCACUUUUCAUCCCUCCUCAUCCCUUAGACGGAUUUUUUUAGCGCGAAACGGCGUUCAAAAUGGAAAGGCCCAGCGCUGAUUGCAGAUGAUGACACGCAAUUAUUGUUCCCGUUUUUUUUUCUUUCUUUUCAAAGAUCUGCGGGCUGGUAACGGGAACAAAACACGCAAAAAACGCAAUUCACACAACUGAGAAAAUAGCCGUGACACUGUAGGCGCUUAAAAAAAAAAAAAAAACACCUCCAAUUCAGAACUCAGCAAAUUUAUCGCGGAAACUACUCGGUGCCUUUUCAUAUGAAUGUGUAUAUUCGAUAUGUUUUUGGCGUCGCAUCCCUCGAAGGAAACAACGUGUGCGCGUUUGUGUGUCCGCCGCCUCCUUUCUUCCUGCACUUCCUGUUUAGAUGACGGAAGCGCCGCCCCUUCCAGUCCUCUACCCACGUGCCUUGCUCAGUUGAACUGGGGGGGGAAACCAAAAAAAAAGAGAGCGAG